GGGCGCGGGGCCGAUUUCACCCCCGUGGCUUUGCUUCGUCUAGUUGCGGUGGAGCCGGUUGUGGGCAGAAGAAGAUCCGGUACCGGCGGGAUGCACGAUGAAGCUCCUUAAAGGUCUAGAUUUUGUGGCACAGACCAGCACUCCUGAAGAAACUCUGGCUUUGCUGUCAGAGCUGAAGGAAUAUCUCAUCUGUGGGACACAAAAUGCUGAUAGUGCAAGCCAAGCCUCCAAACGGAGCACAGUAUGUGAUCGGAUCCUGCGAGCUUGCAUCCAGAGAUUUGGGGCAGGUUUGGACUGCCCUGUUCACUGCAGAAACCUCCAGGCCUUAGCUGAGAUGGCUUAUCAUGGCUACGUUGCUGCAAGGUCGCAGUAUGUUCCCCUCUACUUGGAGAGAUUGCUUUACCAUGUGCUGAGGGGUGUCGCUGCUUGGGGCCCAUCCGAUGGCUGCCUCAAAUUUGCCACUCUCCUGUAUGCUGAAUUAUCAAAGUAUCAGCCGCCUCAGGUUCCAGCUGAUGACUACAUAUCUAUUGUCAAAAGUGCCUUUAGCUUGCUCUGGAAGAGUGCGGAUGUUGUGGCCAAGACGGACAAGACUCCUGCAGAGUUCAGGGCUAUGCUGUCCACCUAUUUGCGAGCAGUCCGUUUUUUGGUCCUUCUGGAGCACAACACCUUUGUCCCCUUUUCCCAGGAGCCUCCGUUCUUUACCUCCACGGUCGCUCGGCAUGCUUCGGCCACCGCUGUUCUGUUUGAGGGCCAGCGAAGCCCACUGAGCAAGGAAGAGGCCUGUUUCCUCAGCGACCAGUUCUCCCACCAUCUUGUUGCAGCCCUGCUGGAAAGAACAGAUGAGGAAGAGGCUCUGGCCUUCCAGGAUUGCCUUUGUGUCUUUGAGCUCACCCUCAUUAGGUCCCGUUACCUUUGCAAAAGUGGCUGCUUCAGAGAGAGCAAGGAAAUACUGCAGCAAUGCAGUGGCUACUUGAGAAAAUCCAUUGACCUGAAGCAUUGCUUUAGUAGCCCCUUAGAGGUUCUCUCAGCUGGAGUUGGAGUGAACCAGGUAUUGAUGCUCAGCGAGGGUUUGGUAGACCUUUUCUUUAUCAAGGCCGCUGAGGCUUUAAAGACUUCGUCAGAUGCGGAAGAGCCCUUGCUUAGACUGCUGGCUGAAAGCUGCCAAAUGCUUAUAACCCCCUUGUAUGGACAUGUGAGAAAAAGUCAAUGGAGGCCCUUCAAUUCACAAGAGACUCUGGGGAUCUGUGUCUUUAUGGAAAAUUACUUCAGGUUGCUCAAAAAACUUACAGGCAUGGUUUCAUCAGACAAUGUGAAACAGAAACAAGCUCUGAAGAAACUGAUGUAUAAUUAUUUCCAAUUGUUCACAACAAUAGUAUACGAUUCUCUUCAGACUCUACAGAGACCCGAGUGUCCUGGGUUGCCACAGCUGUUGGUGUCUCUUCAAACAACCGUUACCUUGAUGCUGGAUAUGCUAGAAGAUCUUAAUGAGAAGGAGGAGGCUGAACACCUGGAUCUCUCAGCCUACUGUGUGUCCCGGCUAGCAUAUAGCUUCUACUCUCAUAAGAUGUAUACGGAAUCUAACUCCAUAGCAGAGCUCUUCUGCAGAUGGUUGGCCAAAGAAGAGCUUUCCAAAUGUCCAGGCAUACUUACGGAAAAGUUACAGAAUUGUUUUAAGCUGCAAGUGGAAAACUACAGGAAGUUAAGCUUGUUAGAGGAAGCUUUGCAGGCGGUUGUUUUCUGGCUGGCCUCUUGUCAUGGCAAGAUCACAGAACUGAUGGCAGAGCCAAUAUCCUACUGGGUGAAAGUCAAGAUGGAUGCCAGCAAAAAUGGGGCACAAGAUCUGAGGCUGAAGACUUUGAAGGAAGGCCUAGAAGGCUAUAGCAUAGAUGCUGAGAUCCUCAUGAAGGUGCUCUUGGAAGAACUGAAGGCCUAUAAGACUGUCCGGGGAGACACUGGCCAAGAACGCUUCAAUGUGAUUUGUGACCUGCUUGAUCUCUGUCCGGAAGGCAGCGCUUGGUUCCAUCAGCGAGCUGUGAUCCUAGUGGAACUGGCCCAAGUGCUGUGUUAUCAUGACUACAGUGAGCAUACAGAAUGUUCUGCUCUGGACUCGGUGCGUGAAGCCCUGCGGCUGUUGGAUGCUGUCCCAAAGACUCCCCAGAAUGAAGCAGAGCUCCAAGACGACAAGGCCCAAGCUUUGCUCUGGCUUUAUAUCUGCACAAUUGAGGACAAAAUGUGUGAGAGCAUCAAGCAAGAACAGAGGACCAGAAAUGCUCAGGGACAAAAAGAUGCAAGAGAUCUUGAAAGCUUUGAGACCAAUGAUCUUGGAUAUGAAAACAAGACCCACGAUGACAAGUUCCUGUACCUUGGCAUUGCCUUUAACCUCUCUGCAGAUUCUGCGCAGUCCAAGUGUUUGGAUGAUGCCCUUAGCUUGUGGAAGGAUCUCCUGUCCAAGGGUAGGAUCCCAGCUGUGCGUAGCAUUGAACAGACAACAGCAUCUCUGCACAUCAUGGCUGCUUUGUACAGGAUGAUGGGAAAGCCACUGCAAGCCAUGGAGAGCUAUUUCCUCAUCACAAAUCUUUCUGGAGCCCUCAAAGACUCAGUUGGGAAGACCAAUGCCUUGUGCCAAAUUGUCAAGUUACUUCUCCAGCUGGAAUGUCCUAGUUAUGCAGAGGCCACCUUAAAGGAGGCUGAAUCCUGCCUGCAAGACGUGGACAGAAAUCACGACUCCUGCCUGCUGACGAAUCUAACGCUGGCGGUGCUCCGUAGCAAGCUGUGUUUAGCAAACAACAAGAUGGAAGAAGGUCUCCUCCUCCUUGUAGAAACUCUACAAAACCCAGCUUUGCAGAAGUCCUCCAAGGUCUGGUAUCUGCUCCGAGCCAGCUCUCUUCAAUUAACAGCUACAUAUCUUGGCCUACCUCCUUCUGUGCUCCCAUUGGUACUCAGGCAAAAACUCUAUGCUCAAGGAUGGAAAACUCCAGAAAUGGCUCUGAGUGAUGCUCACAGACUCUACCGCAGCAUCCUUUUGAACUUCUCACUGAUCAGUAGUAGUGACACGUCCACAAAAGAUGUUCCAGAACAUCAGUUUGUAGAUCAUGGUGACAACAUUGUGCAGAAGUGGCAAGUGCUGGCUGACAUGUUUGUAUGUUCUGAGAGCUUUGUCACCCUCCUUGGCAAGAUGGAGAUUGUAAGCGAAGCAAAAGCCUUCUGCUUGGAAGCACUUAAAAUCUCCAUGAAGCUGCAGUCAAUUCGAUGGUGUGCUCGCUUUCUAGUUUUGAAGAGCAGACUGGAACUGCAGCGCAGUGACCUCGAGCUUUGUCGUUCAGACCUUGAGCAGGUCCUGUUUCUUCUUGAAUCAAGCACAGUGUUUGAAACAAAGGAAGAAAAAAGCAAUGCGAAGAUCAAGCCAAAGAAAGGCCGAUCCACAGGCAGGAAGAAUCCCGAAAGCCACUCUGUGGAGCCUUCAGAGGAAGAGGCGCCUUUCUUGAGAGAAGUCCCGCUUGAGUUCAUUGACACAGUCUCCGUGCAGAAGGAGAACCCUUUGACCACCUCGCCAGCGCUGAAGCCAAAGUUGAAGAAAACCCUCAGUAUCCUGAGCCACCCGGAAACAUGUCCUUGUUCUCUCUGCUCUGACGUGGUUCUCUCCGCCGUCUGCCUGUGCUGGCUGGUGACCUCUGCGGAAAGGGAACUGGCCUUUGGGAACAAGGCCGAAGGGUUGGGCCUCCUUGAGACCGGCCUGCAACGGUGUACGAGAGUGGCUCUGCGCGUCUCCAACAUGGUGGCAGGCAUCUCUCAAGGCAAAAGCAAGAGAAGUGGGGCCCGGCAUCAGCCCACCGUUGGGUUUCUUGACCCUCUGGUAGCCCAUAUUUAUGUGACUUUGGCAAAACAAAGCCUGAGCGUCAAUAGGUUGGAAAAGAAGCUCUGGAAGCUCCUGGAGAGCGGCUUAAGCUUCACGUCCUCCAAGGGGUCUCGGCUGCCCGGACUGGAAUAUCAACGAGCCCAGAUGUUGCUUGCCAAAGCUGUAGCUGCCAUCUCUGUCUUAGCCUCCCGUCACGAUGGCCACGCAGAAAGAAUAUUUUCCCCUGCCUGGUCCUGGAAGUCUCCUUUGUUUCUCCAGGGAGAGGAAGAAACUAAACCAGCAGCCACCACAACUGAGGCAACUUUAGAUGGAUUUCUUCCUCAGGCUCCAAAACGCAGAACGCGGAGGCUGCCGGGAGAGGCCCCUAAAGCAAAGCCGAAGAGAACCCAAGGAACCAAACCCCUGCCGGUCCUCCGACCCCACGAUGCGUUUGCCCUGGCUGACUCCGACUCGGAGGCUCCUCCGAUCAUCCUUCGCCCCCCUGUGGAACACUGUACCCCAGCCCAGAAAUCCUUACCAUCCUACAAGAUGAGCGGCUCUUCAGCCGCCAAGCAGAGCCGUGCCCGCCGGGCUCCGUUUGUAGUUUUUGAGGACGCUUCUCCCAAGCCGAACAAGGAGCUUCCGAAGGCCCCCAAAGUGACGAGGAGAAUGAAGUCUCGCAUCAAGGCCCUCUUCAGUAAUGACAGUGACAGUGAAGACCCUCCAGAGGCCAAACCAGUGCCACAGCUCCCUGCUGCCAAGGAGCCCACGAUCAUCCCUCGCAGGACGGGGCAGAGGAUGGCAUCUGGCCAAAAGCUAUCUAAGGGAAGCCUUGCUAAAGUGGAAGGAUGUGGUGGUAGCUCCUCAGAGGACUGCUCUCAGGUGGGGAAGGCAAAGCCCCGUCCUGGAAGGCCCUGCACCAGGAGAGCUGGUCGACGAGGAAGGAAACCAGAAGGAAUCCAAGAAGGGCCUUAUGAGGAGACAAUGGGCAAAGUUCAGGAUGAACAGGGACGAGGAGGAGAAGAAGAAGAAGAAAAGGAGCUGCUGAGGACCAUUGAAGAGGGGCUUGAGGCCAGUUUUGAAAUCUUCCGGGGUUCUGAUGAAGAUAUUAAAGAGUGUGAAAGGCAGGCAAAUACAGAAGAUGACCAAGAGGUUCUCCGGCGAGAUGCCAGCGGUGAUUGUCCCGUGGAGGUUUUCCAGGCUGCAGACAACAGGCCCUCAGAGGACCCUUUCGACCUGUCUUCCCUGGCCUCUUCCUUGGAUACACCUGCCACUAUUGCAGACUUGCUGUCCACCAACUCAAUCUAUGACACGUUGCAAGCCGCCUUCCACUUAGUCAGCCAUUACCCUUCGGGAACCCUCUACAGCCGUCUCUGCCAGCUCAUGGCCCUGUGUAUUGGGAGCCGGGACCCAACAGCUACAGCCUACCUGGUUUCUGAGUCAGUGGCUGUCACUCUUCGUCAUCAGAUAAUGACUGUCAUUCACAGGAAACUCAACAAAAUGAGAAAGGCAUCUGUGGUCAGUGCCUGCAGACAGUUGGAAGCUCUUAGCCUGCAAGAAGGAAAAGCGGAUUCUCGGGCGCAGCACCUCUCAGAGCUCCAGAGCCUCUUUGAAUUCAGCUACCCUACUUCAACCGAGCUGGGGACAGAGACCUUCAAGAAGCAGCUACGACAAAUCCCCCAUGGAGUGACAGUGUGCAUACUGACCCUGGUGAGCAUCCAGCCAGACACUGUUGGGGAUCUCCUCCUGCUGACCCGCCUGGAAAAGGAUGCCACCCCUGUGACAAUCCAGAUACAGAGUGUCCAUUCCAAGAUUCCCUUAAGCGCAGCGCUCGGCGAGUUUGAUGCUAUCUUGCAGAAGCAAAAAGAGAUCUCUAACUGCACGGAGAAGGAGGAGUGGUGGAAUGGGCGGAUUGCUCUGGAUAACAGAAUGAAGGCUUUGAUUGAGUCGCUGGAGAGAGACGUGCUCGGUUGCUGGAGGGGUGCCCUGCUCCCAGCCGGCGAGGAUCCGAGUCUGGCAGAGGAAGCCCUCUGCUUGCAGACACGUCUUGAGGAGUGUGGCUGUCAGGAAGUGGAUCUGGCACUACUCAAGGUCAUGCUGACUGGGUCACAUCUCCUGACCCCAGAAGAUGUGCAGUGUUUGGUACUGGGGCUGAACUCCUCAGAACCUGAGAAAGCCCAAAAACUUCUGCAGGAGGCAGUGGACAAAGUGGGAGAACGUUCUGCUCCGGCAUCUAGCGGCCAUGUGGUUCUCGUGCUGGACAAACAUUUGCAGAAGCUUCCCUGGGAAAACAUUCCAUGCUUGCGAGGCCAGUCCGUGACCCGGUUGCCAUCUUUGCGCUUCCUGCUUAGCUACUCACUUGCCAAAAAGUAUCAGGAAGAGACUGUUCUCCACCAGGGUGUCAACAGCAGCAACACCUUCUACGUUUUAAAUCCACACACAAACCUCCCUGGAACAGAGAAGAUUUUCAGAGAUUGGUUUCAGAGUGAGCCUGGAUGGUCAGGAGUUGUGGGAGAGGUUCCUGGUGCAGACCAAGUCCCGCUGGCCCUGGAAGAACGCGAUCUCUACAUCUAUGCUGGGCAUGGGGCAGGUGCACGCUUCGUGGACUCCAUCCUGAAGGUGGACUGCAGGGCUGUGGCUCUUCUCUUCGGCUGCAGCAGUGCUGCCCUGGCCGUGCAAGGCAAUCUGGAAGGAAAUGGGGCUAUCCUCAAGUUUCUCAUGGCAGGGUGUCCCCUGGUGCUGGGUAACCUCUGGGAUGUAACUGACCGAGACAUUGAUCGUUACAUGGAGGCGCUCCUGAAGAACUGGCUCAAGGCAGGAUCAGGAGCCCCUCUGCUCCAGUAUGUCAUACAGUCCCGUCAAGCCCCCAGACUCAAAUACAUGAUAGGUGCUGCUCCCAUAGCCUAUGGCCUACCAGUAUUUCUGCGGUAGAAAACAAGAGACUAUCUAGUGUACGGAAACAGGGAUUUGGAAGGACUCUGAUGAAUUUUGAUUCAGGCCUGUACUGCCUAAAUGCAAACUAACCUCAGGGAAUAGAGGAUUAAAUAUUAGCCCAAAGUAGGUUGGUUUGUUCACCUCUUGCCUUGCCUUUGGUAGAAGGCCUGUUACUGCUUUUACAGGGGAUGCUCCUGCCUAAGCUGCUGUUCUGUGGGAAAUGUUCACAUUUGCACAAUGUACAUAUUUUGAAUUUUCAGAGAUUAUUAUAAAUUAUUCUUAAAUCUAUACGUAUUUUAAUGUUUCAAAAAUCUGAAUAAAGCUUCAAGCAGUG